AUGGCUGCCCAAACCCAUAUUUUUACCGGAUUAGCUUUGGCUUCAAGUCCUUCUUCUUCAUUUCAAUCCUCUUCUUCCAAGCCCGCUAGCCUCUGUGUCGCCACAAAGCUCUUAAGAACCUCAUUCCUUAAUGGCGGAGGGAACAUGUUACAAAUUACACGGAUGAAGUCUUUACAUUCUGAUCCAUCCCAUGGUUGUAGACGUGGAGGUGCUCUUGGUGCUCGCAUGAGCCUUUUGGACCGUUUUGCAAGGGUUAUUAAGUCAUAUGCAAAUGCACUUGUAAGUUCCUUUGAGGAUCCUGAAAAAAUCCUGGAGCAGACAGUGCUUGAAAUGAAUGAUGAUUUGACAAAGAUGCGUCAAGCCACAGCGCAGGUGCUAGCUUCUCAGAAGCGCUUGGAAAACAAGUAUAAAUCUGCACAGCAAGCUGCUGAUGAUUGGUAUCGAAAGGCACAAUUUGCUCUCCAAAAAGGAGAUGAUGAUCUUGCUCGGGAAGCUUUAAAGAGGCGCAAAUCAUAUGCUGAUAAUGCAAAUGCUUUGAAAGCUCAACUUGAUCAACAAAAGAGUGUUGUGGAAAAUCUUGUUUCUAAUACACGGCUUUUAGAGAGCAAGAUACAAGAGGCGAGGUCAAAGAAAGACACACUGAAAGCGCGUGCUCAGUCUGCAAAGACCGCAACCAAAGUGAGUGAAAUGUUGGGGAAUGUUAACACAAGUAGUGCUCUCUCUGCUUUCGAGAAGAUGGAAGAGAAAGUUUUGGCUAUGGAGUCUCAAGCAGAAGCUCUUGGACAGUUAACUGCUGAUGAUCUUGAAGGAAAGUUUGCUCUGUUGGAGGGCUCAUCCGUUGAUGAUGAGCUGGCAAACUUGAAGAAAGAGUUAUCUGGAAGCUCAAAGAAAGGAGAACUUCCUCCAGGAAGAACUGUUUCUGGCAGCGCAUUUCCAGUUCGUGAUGCUGAGAUCGAGUCGGAACUCAAUGAACUGAGGCAAAAAGCAAGAGAAUUGUAGGGAAUUACAUUGUACAGGAAGAAAAAGGAUCCAAACAGAUCAACAAUUGUAUAGCUAAACACCAACUUGAAAGAGUAAUUUUUGGAGUGAGGGUACAAUACCUUGUAUCGCAAAAUCUGUUUAGGUCACAUAUAUUGAUGAAUCUGUGGGAUCAAAUGUUGUUUGUAAGUUAAAUACACAACUUUCUGAACAUAGAUGAUCAAGUUUUUUUUGGUUAUCUAUUUGAUGUUUUUUCACCAACUUUCUGUAUAUGCCCCGGGUACUUUUCAAGAAACUGGCUGGGAUCUUUUGCA